CCGAUGGACUGCUUCGGAACAUUGCGUGAAAUAGGCGCCGCUCGCGGCUACACAUCACGCGUCGGCGACUACUACAGUCGCGACAGAUCGACGCCGCAGCUCGACGAGUUCUUCGGCGGUGAGGAGAGCCUGACGGCGGCGACCGGAUACGAGGAGGACGGCAUGACGACGAUUAUCUUCCGCCGGAAGCUGCGCGCGAACGAAAGGACCGACUACUCUUUCACUGACUCGGAGCUCGAGGUGAUCUGGGCGCUGGGACAAGAGCACGAGGCCAACCACAUCUACCACCGACCGCAGUCGGGUCUCGAGCGAGCCAGUGCCAACUCCGACCAACAGUUCUACAAGCUUGACGAGCUCAAGUACCACGGCAGAGACGGUUCGCAGCGUGGGCACGUCAACAUCAACUUCUUCGCCAAGGAGAGCGAGGACUUCAGCAACACGCCUUGUCACGGGAGGUGGCAGAAGCCUGCGGUGUGCGAUUUUGAUUGCCUGGCCACGGGCGUGCCCGCCUGCCAUUGUACGCGCCACCUGGCGGUACAAUGACGACACUAACGACAUCAGUUUCGAGAUCAGCGCCAAGACGGACGGUGUGGACUAUACUGGCAUCGGAUUCUCGGAGGAUAGGAGAAUGACGGAUUCGGACGUUGUCUUCGGAUGGGUGACCCCUAAUGGCGGCAUGAAGAUGUAUGACGGGCUAAUGCCAGCGUACGGACCACCCACCAUUGUUGAACCACAGAAUAUAAUCAGAAGGAGUGCAAAUCUGUUUGAUGGCAUUACAACAUUAAACUUCUCUCGAGCGGUUGAUACUGGCGACAAUAACGAUUUGCAGUUCACGGACUGUCUGUACUUGCUGUUCCCCUACGACAGCGCCGAAUACUUUGAGGGCAGUACGGAUUCGAUCUCUCGUCAUCGCCGCAACCCGGCCGUCAGUGAUGACAAAAUCUGCAUUGACACCUGCAGAGGAUGGCACGGUCAGGACCGGAGCCAGUCUAUCGAAGGUGCAGAAGGAACGACCCCAACGUACGACAAAGCUAAAUAUGCGGUUGUAUUCCUGCUGAAUGAGCCGUGGAGAAAGGAACUAUCUGACACCAAAGCACCAGAGUUCGCCAUCUACCAAAACCACGUGGAGCUAAACCUUGAGGAUGAGCUGCAGGAGCACUCCGUCUCCGGCAUGAAAGACGUGAAGAUUACGGGCUUCGAGAAUAAAAAUGGCCGCGUUCAGGCCAACGCUGAGGUCGUCAUCGACGACACUGGGGACAAUCGGCGGAUGUUCAGCGAAGGAAUGACUGACGCCGGUGCCGAGGGUAGACUGGGAGAUCUUCACGUGACCAGCCUGCUUUCGCUCGAGAGAGUUGGGUAUAGAGAACAGACAAAUGAUGUGGAGGAAAACGAAAAAAGAGCCGAGAAAGUGGAGGUGGCACAAUCAGAGAAGAACGCCAGUAACCUGUCACGUAAAGAAGUAGUGGCAUACUCGGUCAUAGGAGGCGUUGCACUCCUUGUGAUCGUCGCCAUCUUGCUCGCCUGUUGCAAGUACCACCGCGAAUAUCAGGCUAAGCGAGAGGCAGGAAUGAUUAUAAAUGGGACCAAGGACAACAGUAUCUAUGACAACAAGCGACACGCAGACGACAACAUGGCGUAUCAGGCUUUCUCGAUGCAGGAUGACUAUGGCCGCCCCAAGUCCAGCGCACCAGGAAGCUACUAUUCCGGCACAAAAGUCAGUAAUGGUAGCCACCCAGGCACCACUUCUCCGUACAUGCAAGUGCAUCCAUACGCAACCAUGCCCCCGCCUGGCCACUCCCGCCAUCCUGCCUACACUCCAGGGGGUGCCAGCUAUGCUCAACCCCGCUACAUAGUGCACGAUAGGGGAAGUAAAAGCCUGUACUAAUAUGUGUGCGAGCCAUGGUACACAUGUUUACGUAAAAAGAAAACGUGUUGUUUUAUAAACGUUAAGUGAUAUACGUUAUAUAACAUAAAACGUUAAGUAUCAACUAAAUAGCGGGACGCUUCACUCUUAUCAAUGCGUCCGCAGUUGAGUUAUAAACUAAAUACAGCAAAGGUUUUGUCACUAUAUAUAAAGGAAUUUGCAUCCAGUAAAAAAACCCAAGAAAUUACCAAUAACAAAAAAAUAAUUAAACUCGAAACGUUAAAAUAAGAAUGAUAUUAGACCUGGGAUGUCUGGUGCUCCCUAGCUGUCACCUAUACAAUCCUGUCACACUCCCCGCUCCCAUACUUGCACGUUAUAGCGUUUUGGAAUUGUUGCAUAGAUAAGCGCAGUAUCUCAUGAUAGCAUAAUGCAGUCACUACAUAACUGCAGACUCGUACCACCAUCGUAAUCUCGAUGUCAUUUGAUCGUAGUGCCCUGUAAGGCAACAUUCUAUCAGUUAAAACUCUAACACCACAAUGUAGAUAGACAAACUUUGUACAUAACCGGAAAAUUUUCGAAUCGAUUUUUGUAAAUGUUAAUUAAAUAUAGCAGUAGUUUAUUCAAUCAUUUUAAUACGACGUAGUUGUUAGUUAAUAUUACAUGUUUUUAUUUCUUUUCGCCAUGUUUACCUCCUUAUUAGUGCAAAUGACAUUAGAGUCUGAAUCUGUUGCUCACUCAAUGCGAUUGUAGUUCAAACAAAUUUAUAGAGGUCAAGGGUGAUGCAGAAUAUAUGCAGAAUAGGCAUACACAGACGUGCAAUCACUGUUGCAGCUUAGGCCCCCAGUAUUAGAAAUAUACACGUUUACUCUCUAGCGCACAUAGGAUUUCAAUACAGUACUCGAAAACCUGAUUCCGAAAUUUGACAUUUGUCCGAUUUUGUUUCGAUUUAUGCAAUAUAUUCCCUCAACAGCCUCAACCUAUUAUUUCAAGAUAUAUAUAUAUAUAUAUAUAUAUAUAUAUAUAUAUAUUGAAUGUAUGCGUGCAGGCUGGCUUAAUAAUUGUGGGGUUCAUAAAGUCAAUGUUGAAAUAUAGAAAUAUAUAUAUAUUUACAUGGUA